AUGACAUCCACAGAAGCACUCAAGAGAAAACUAGUCAUUGUUGGUGAUGGUGCAUGUGGAAAGACUUCGUUACUUUAUGUGUUCACUUUGGGAGAAUUCCCUACCGAGUACCAUCCCACAGUAUUUGAGAACUAUGUCACCGAUUGCCGAAUAGAUGGCAAACCUAUUCAAUUGGCACUUUGGGAUACAGCAGGUCAAGAGGAGUAUGAGCGAUUACGACCUUUAUCAUACAACAAUACCCAUGUGGUAUUAAUUGGUUUUGCAUUGGAUACGAUUGAUUCGUUUGAAAAUGUUAAAACUAAAUGGGUCGAUGAAGUCAAGAAAUACUGUCCGCCACUGACGCCUUACAUUUUAUGCGGACUAAAAAAGGAUUUACGAAGAAGUGAAAAACAUGGUCACAAAGGUUGGGCAAGGUUUGUGCAGCCGGAGAUGGGAGAGGCAAUGGCGAAAGAAAUUGGUGCAAGGGCAUACCUAGAAAGUUCGGCAUUAACGGGAGAAGGGGUUGACGAUAUUUUUGAAUAUGCCGUGCGGUGCAGUUUAUUGGUUGAUGAUAAGGCAGCAAAUGGCUGUUGCACAAUCAUAUGA